UGGCGUAGGAUGGGGAGGCUCUUUGAGAUGGCGCCGGCACUGAGGCGUUGUCCCCGGGUUUACAGCACGUCCCCUGCUUUUGCUGAAGUGCUAAGGCUACCUCAGAAACAGCUAACGAAAGUAUUGUACCCGCUGCGGGAACUGGCGCAGCACCUCGUCACGGACAGCGGGUCAGGCCUCAUCGAGCAGGGACUCUUCGACCCGAGCCUGGAGGACAUCGCGAGGGCCGAGAGCAUCUUCGAGGCCACAGCCCGGAACCGCAUCGAGUACCUCAGCUCCGCGGUCCGCCUAGACCACGCCCCGGGCCUGCAGCAGCCGGAGGUGUGUUUCAUAGGCCGAAGCAAUGUUGGAAAAUCCUCCUUGAUAAAGGCCUUGUUUUCAAUGGCCCCUGAUGUAGAAGUCAGAAUCUCAAAAAAACCGGGGCACACAAAGAAAAUGAAUUUUUUCAAAGUUGGAAAAUAUUUUACAUUGGUGGACAUGCCAGGGUAUGGCUAUAGAGCCCCGGAAGACUUUGUUGACAUGGUAGAGACCUAUCUAAAAGAACGAAAGAACCUGAAGAGAACAUUUUUGCUAGUGGAUAGUGUUGUUGGAAUUACCAAAUUAGACAACAUUGCCGUAGAAAUGUGUGAAGAGUUUGCAUUGCCGUAUGUGAUGGUAUUAACAAAAAUUGACAAAUCUUCCAAAGGCUAUCUUUUAAAACAAGUGCUUCAGAUCCAGAAGUUUGUUAACACACAAACACAAGGCUGUUUUCCUCAGCUGUUUCCUAUAAGUGCAGUGACCUAUUCUGGAGUCCAUCUGUUGAAGUGCUUUAUAGCAGAUAUAACAGGAAGUCUUAAGUAAACGCUCCCAGAGUACAUGAAGUUCCAAAACUGGAGUCAAACACCUAGAAGAAUACCAAUAUUGUUUUAAAUAUUGUGUCUCAACUUGCAGGACAAUCAGUUCAGCUUUAAAACCUGCAUCAUCCUGAAUCAAAAUUGAGUUUGUUGGGGGUGAGGGUUAUAAUUAAAUCAUAUUGUUCAUUAGGAGAGAUGGUAGCUGGCUUUUCUGUCUUAACAAACUGACAAGUCCAAGAGCAUAUAGAAAUACAUGAAGUGAGCUCCUGUUAUUACUAUGUAGAGAGGUUUGUUAUAGUAUUAACUUUUUGUCUUAAUAAAGUGUCAGGCUGGAGAGGUAGCUCAGAGGUUACAAGCACUGGGUGCUCUUCUAGAGGUCCUGACUUCAAUUCCCAGCAACCACAGGGUGGCUCACAACCAUCUAUAAUAUGAUCUGGUGACCUCUUCUGGCCUGCAGGCAGAACACUGUAUACAUUAUAAAUAAAUAAAUCUUUAAGAAAAUGCCUACCGUCUUUAAUGUUAUAAAUGUCAACUGAUAAUGUAGGGCUGCCUUUCUGCAAAGCAUGCAUGGGUGAGUAGAAAAGUAAAUGACUAUAUGUAUGCUUAUCAUUCUUCCUCUAGUCUUUAUUUGAAUAUGAAAAAUUUUGUCAAAAUUUGCCAGGCCAUGGAAACACCAGUCAUGUGGGUGUGGAAUCAUUCAGUGCCCUUUGUGUGAGCACAGACUAGAUAAUCAGGGGAUUUAGGUUCCACUUCUCAUGUCUGUUAUUCCUUGGUCCCCGGGAAAAAUUACCUAUCUUCUCACCUCGUUGGUGGCUAUCAGCACCUUAGCUGUGAAGUCUAACAGGUCUUAUGGAUGACAGCUGUACAUUUGCAAGCCCAAACCAACUAAAAGACACAGCAAAACUCAACAGGUUUUUAUCACACACACACAAAAAAAAUCCCACCUGAAAGAAGUAGCAGAUACAAACAGGACCUAGCUUUAGGUGAGGAAAUGAAUUCACAAGUCAGUGGAAUAGUUUAGAAUCACUAUUACAGGUGUAGAACGGGAUGACUAGCUUUGACUAUAACUCACAAGAACAAAUUUUUUAUAAAGACAUCUAUUCUUCAUGAAGUGUCUUAGUGUUUCAAAGCGAGACUGCUGUCAGAGGUGAUAACUGUGGCAAGGAUGUAAAACUUUGUGGCUUUUUAAACUCAAUAGUAAAUGUUUUCAGUUGUUUUAAAAUAGUCUGUUUUAUCCUAAUUAGCAGUAUUUGAAGGCAAAAAAAAAAAAAAUUAAAAAAAAUUCUCACGAAGCAAAACAUAGGUGUCAAAAGAAUUACACUCUGCCGGCAGCAGAGCUGUUUGUCCAAGCUUCCCGUGGUAGUAUAGUCAAAGCUAUACUUCAUGAGAUGAUGAAGAGAAGGGGAGUGAAGCAGGACAGCUUGUCCAGCAUGCCCGGCCACCACACACACUGGUGCGUGGUGUUGAGGGACUUUGUGCACAGCCUCAGCCUCAAGAAAUGGACCUCUACUGCAAGAAUGUAGUCCAGUGGUAAAGCUAUGGCCUAGCACAUAAAAAGCCUAAAAGCAGGGACAGGUCCCCAGAGCAGAAGGCAAGGCCCAAACCUAAACACUGGUUGACACCGCAGUGAGUGUCAAGAAAAGACAUGAGUUCUCAUACCCUGCACUUAAAAAGACUGGAACACCUAAUCUGAGAUGCUAGGAACUGAAGUGUUUCAGAUUACAGAAUCUAACCAUUUGCAGACUUUAAUAGUAGACUGUCCCACGUCCAAGAGUCCCAAAUCAGAAAGACUCCAAACUUGUAACUUUUUUGAGCCUGUUUAUAGUCAAAAUGUUCCAGAGCAGAAAGCAGUCAUACUCAAGUUGGAAGUCCAGAUUCUCAGCCCACCACCUCCACCUUUGAGGCAACAGUGUCCAGCUGUGCCCUGAUUUGCAGCUUGUGCUGUCAUAGGACAACUGGUCACUACAGAGGGCAAGGGGAAGACUCCUGUGUUUUCUCCUAAGAAACUCAACCCUGGAAUAGUUGAGGGCCAAGUGGAUUUUCCAUGACCAUCAUUUCUGGGAGCAGCUGUGCUGGUAUAUACAAAGUCACGUGAUGAUACUGAUACCAGGUUAUAAAUUUAUGAUGGGCCUUAUUCAUACACUCACCUACUUCUUUGUUGCAUUCCACAGAAACAAGAAUAAAGGAAACUCCAAAAGCCUUGUAAUAUACAGUGACAAAGUGAAGAUUAAACAAGUUUUAACCAUUCGAGUAAUAGCAAAUUUUUUGAUAAUUCAUUUCAGUAACAUAACAUACACUGGCAUACACACACAUUGUUAUUCAAAAGAACCUGACAUCUGAAUUGCACCCUGGGACCUGCAGGUGGAAGGAGAGAACCACCUCUCACAAGUUAUCCUCUGAUAUCCACAGACAUGUGCACGCACACACACUCACACACACACACACAAACUGUCAAAACUUUAAAAAGAGAAUGGGGCCAGUGAGGCCAAGUAACCCUUUAUGGUACUUCCUUGCUACUCCAACCUUGCUCCCUGUUUACCCUCAGAUAUGUAAGAUUUUUCUGAACUUAAGAUCUUAACUCCCUAGUAAAUCAUAAACUCAUCUAAUUUUCAGAAACCUACCUGCUUUAGUCAAGAAGGUACGGAUUCAGGGUAGGCUGUGACAGACUUUUUAUCAUAUUUCACAAUCUACGCAGUCAUAGUCAAAUAAAUACUAAGUGAUUAACUGACACAGAGCAGCUGUUAAGUGUUUAUUGAACUGGCAAGCACGCGUGUGGAAUGCUGCAGAGAAGCAGCUCCUGGCCCCAGCAGUGUUUCCAGCUCUCAGCAGUUCCACUUAAAACAGCAGAACCCUGAACGAUCUGGGUAACUGCCCAGAAGUUUCACAUGUGCACAUCUAAACGCCCAUCAAAGCAAAAAUAUCAUCAAUGUCAUCUGCCUCUUUAGCAGCUUGUGGCACACUGUGUGUGUGUGUUUGUCUGUUUGUCCACAAACCAGUUUCAUUUCUACUGCCUGCUGUGAGAUUCCCAUGGAACCCCGGCUCCUUUGUUUUCAGGACAGACUUUGAAAGUCUUCUCAAGACCUGCUUUCUGUUAGGACAGACAUCUGUCCUCUGAACUGUCCCACCUGAGCGGCUCCACUUAGCACUAGGGUCCCUAGUGCUCUUCAGAGUCCCUUCAGGUUCCUGCUGAGUUUCCUUUAAAAGAGUUGACUGUAACUUUCUCUGCGGUUUCCUCUGUCUCGAUAAAACUUUAUGCUUUGAUCUUUUUUGUCUAGGAGAACACUUUGAAGUGCUGAUAAUGGAGCCUCGAAGAAGGCAGUUGCAAAGAGAUGUUUUCAUGCACUGUAGCUUCUUUGGCAAACUAAAGGACAGAAGAGAAAAAUCUCAACUUAUUAUGAUGCUAAAAAGUUAUCAAGCACUUUUAACUGUCUGCACCAACUUCCAACAGAAAAGUACACCAUUUGUUAUAAGCCCUAGGCCUGUAUGUAUGUAUGUAUAACCUCAAAUAUACAAAAUAAAGCAAUGGGAGUUCCAACCUAA